AUGCUUAGGAAUUUCAACAUGGUGAUGUUGGAAGAAAGUGUUCUAAAUACAGUAAGAGGGAUGAAAUUUAAGGCAAGAUUAUCGGCAAAUGACAGAAUAUUACUGAUCCUGUAUGAUAAAUGCAAAAUGGAGAAUAUACCGCUGCUUAUUGAUGAUAUUCUCAAGUACAGCAACCUGAAGAAAGAAAAAUUACUAAGAAUUCACAGAGAUGAAUUUGAGUAUAAGAAGAAGGAAACGAGUCUCCUAAUGAGUUCAUUCAAUAGAGCGGCUGACUAUGCAACCAACAACUACAACAUGAAGGUUGGAAUACAGUUUGAAGAGGCAUUUGGAAAAAAAGACCAGUUUGUAAACACAAAUUUCUAUAAGCUCUGCCUUGUUAUGAUAUUAGCUGAAGAAAGAAACAAGAGUAAGGCAAUGAAAGAAUAUUUAAGACAAAACAGACACAUAGUUAGUAAACUAAAUAAAUUGUAG